CCACAGAAGCUUUUUUAGUCUCUUCUUAGUAUCUUUUCUACUAUCACCAAAACAAUACGGAGGAAAAAGACACAAUCCUUUUUGCAACAUCUUAUUUUUUUCUUAAUAAUAACACAAUACAACAAGUUCAAGAUGGGCUCAGGAGGUUCAACAGGAUACGUUGGAGAAAGAGAACCACCUCUCCAUCCUUUAUAUCAAGUACCUAAAGGAAAUAGUAACCCUAUUGUAACACAACUAGGAACCUUCCAAAAGACAUUUUGCGAAAUGUAUGAUAAGGAAGGAGGAGGUAAAAACUAUGAAAAGAUAAGUCAGCGUAAUCAGGCAAAUAAUCAGAAUAUUCUUGCUUCCAGGAAAUUGUGGGUUGGUUGUUCGCCAACGCCCGACCUUGAGAGUCUUAUUAUUGCUGUUACAGACUUGAGAGAUAGAUAUUAUGAAAAAGUUCUUUCUCAAAAGAGUUUGACUGAUAUGAAAAACUCCUUGGGUAAGGAAUUAAAAUUGGCCAACAUGGAAUGGAAAAUGUUCUUUGAGACUCUAAGAGCUUCAAUUACUAAUUCUAGUAGAUUGAAGGUAAAUAUUGAUGGAGCAACAGAUCAAUGUAAAAUCCUCCUCGAGUUAACAGCAAACAAGCUCAAGGCAGACAUUGCUCUUAAACUUACCAGAGUCGGAGAAAAGAAGGAAAAUGAUAAGAGUGCAAACUAUUGGACACAAAUCUUCCACUCUUUCAUUUAUCCACUUUAUGGAUUUUACUUGUUAAAGACAGAAUCAACACCAACAGAAAAGAUUGAUCAACUUGAACGUGAUUUGAAAGUUGUGAAGGAAAAGUAUCAACACUUCCUUCAUAGAAGAGAAAAGCUAAGCAACCUGAAGAAGGGUGUAGGUGCUGUUUCUAAGUCUUCAGAUGACUCUGCUUCUAAGGCAGAAUUACUCCGCAAACAAAAUAGCGAGUUGGAGAAACGUAAGAAGGAAAUUGAAAGUUUGAUCUAUCCAGCCAAUCAAGUAUCCAAGUACUUGAUUUUGGUCAAGAAGAAGCUAAUCAAGAGUAAGGCCAUCAAUGAAAAGGAACAUGAAAACUUUAAUGUUGUUACCAAUUCACUCAGAUUUGACUCCAUCCACAAGAUUGAACACGGAAAGAAUUUGAAAGAAUAUGAUCAAGAAGUUAUUCAAUUUAUCAAGGCCAAGUUUGUUGACUCUGCUCAUAUUGGGGGUAAAUCAAAACCACAAGAAGAUCCAAAGCCACCAGUUGCUGCAAAGGCUGGUUCUGUUACUGACAUGUCCUCUGCUGCAAAACCUGGUAAGGAAGAACUCAAUAGUGUAUUUGAAAAGUUAGACAAGUGGAACUAUGAUGCUUUCAAGAUUAAUGAACUUUCUAAUGGACAUCCACUUUUCUUUACAUCCUAUGCUAUUUUCCUCAAGUAUGACUUGUUGAAUAAGUUCAACAUUAAUGAAAAGGUGUUGAUUAGCUUUUUACGAGAGGUUGAGGCUGGAUAUCGCCCAGUUCCAUAUCACAAUAAUAUGCACGCUACUGAUGUCACUCAGUGUAUGCACUAUAUUAUCAGUAAGGGAGGUCUGUCUCAGUUCAUGACUGAUGAAGAUAUUCUUGCUUCUCUCCUUUCCUGUAUAGUUCACGACUACCAACAUCCAGGUCUUAAUAACAACUUCCAAAUGAAUUCCCACUCCUAUCUUUCCAUACUCUAUAACGACAGAUCUGUACUAGAAAACCACCACGUAGCCGAAGCAUUUGAAUUGAUGCGAAACAAGGACUUUGAUAUUUUCCAAACAUUAUCAGAAGAACAAUAUAAGGACGUAAGAGAAACAAUGAUUCAAAUGAUUUUGGCAACAGACAUGGCUCUCCAUGCCACAAUAUUAGGUAGAUUCAAAACAAGAAUAGAGUCCGAGUCAGAAGGUGCAGAAAUUGAUUUCUCGUCUAAGGAAGAUGUAAGAUUGGCAUUGCAAAUUGCCAUCAAGAUUGCUGACGUAAGCAAUCCAGCUAGGCCAUUAAAGUUGUAUCUCAAAUGGGGUAAACGAAUUGAAGAAGAAUUCUAUGCACAAGGUGACAAGGAAAGAGAGCUAGGAAUUACAAUGUCUCCAUUCAUGGAUAGAAAUAAGCCAAGCUUGAAUGGUCUCCAAUCUGCCUUUAUUAACUAUAUCGUUUCUCCAAUGAUGAAGAGCUAUUGUAGACUGCUUCCAAAGAUGAACUUUACUAUGGAACAUAUCCAAACCAAUCUAGAAUAUUGGAAGGAGAACAAGACUGUAAACUUGUUGGAUAUUCAAGAUUAAUUGUACAAAGAAUAAAAACCGCCAUCACUGU